AUGUCAUCGGGCACGCUCUACAUAAGGGACUCGCGGACUGAUGGGCGGUACGAGAUUCCAAUCCGAAAGAACUCCAUAUCGGCAGUCGACUUCAAGCGGAUAAAGGCUUUAGGGGCUGGAACAAAUCGCGCCGACCAGAUCUCAGGCGGACUGAGAGUGCAUGAUCCAGGGCUACAGAAUACGACUGUGCUUGAGUCAGCCAUCAGUUUCUCAGAUCAUGAGCGAGGCCUUCUUCUCUUUCGCGGCUACAGCUUGGAAGAACUGUGGACUAGCGACUUCGAGGAUAUGAUGUAUCUGCUCGUAUGGGGUUCAUAUCCGACACCGCCGCAGAAGGAGCAGCUUCGAUCCAAAUUGGCCGCGCAAAUGCUUGCCGUGCCUGGGACCGUCCAAAUGGCUAUACGAGCCUUGCCCAACACCACUCCCCCACUAGCACUCAUGCUAGCAGGCCUAUCCACCUACCUAUCAUGCAUACCGGACUCUAUUCCCGCUUCAACCAACGCGCAUCAAUAUCGAGCCAAUCGGGAAAACGUGGACAACGCCAUUCUACGCACGGUGGCGGCGUACGCAGUUGUGUUCGGAAUCGUCGCCAGCCACCGCAAGGACAUCCCCUUCACCCCACCAUCUCAUGACAGGACGUACUGCGAGAACCUCUUCACCAUGGCCGGACUGAUUGACGCAGCGACAGGAACUCCAGACCCAGUCAAGCUUUCCUGCUUCCGCCGCUUUGCCAUGCUCAACGCCGACCACGGCAUGGCGCUAACCGUCUUCUCCGCGCUCGUUACUGCCUCGUCGCUUACGGACCCAGUUUCAUGCCUCAUCGCAUCAGUCGCAUCAGCUUGGGGCCCACUGCACUUUGGCGCAACAGAGUCUGCUCAGCGUGCCUUGGCAGAGAUCGGAACGGAGGCCGGAAUCCCCGCUUUCCUAGACGAAGUCAAACAGGGUCACAAAAGGCUAUUCGGAUAUGGCCACCGCGCGUAUAAGGGGAUUGACCCCCGAGUGCGUUUUGUCCAGUCAAUCCUUGAGGACCUACCGCCCACUCCUCUCAUGAAACUAUCCGAGGCCAUUGAGCGUGCUGCAUCGGGGGACAACUACUUUCGGAGUAGAGGGCUAUACCCCAAUGCGGACUUUUAUGGGAAUUUCGUUUUUACGGGAGUAGGAUUCGAGGUCGAGAUGAUCCCGGCGGCUAUGCUUGCGCAGCGAAUCAUGGGCAUCAUGGCACAUUGGCGGGAGUACAUGCGUGAGUUUUCACUUGUUCUCCCAGUUACGCUGCAACGGCGAUGCACCAUCGGGAAAUUACGUCUGUUCUAA